AUUGUUCCUUUCGCUUCUUACCAAGUUGCAGGAAAAUUCAAGAUCUGAGAUCUUGAACCCUUCGAUUCAAGUUUUUUGAUUCCUUUGUGGUUCUCGCCAGCAAACUGGUUUUGAAUCUCUUCCUGUUGCCUAAUCUAGAUCUGAAAACUCUUCCUCGUUCUGUUCUGCAAAGAAAGCUUCUUUCUAUCUGUUUUUGCCCACCCAUUUUUUCUCUAUUAAUUGUGCUCGACCCCUUUGUUUUUUUUUUUUUUUAAAAUGGGUUUUGGAUUUAAGAUUAACUUUUGCUUCGAUUUGUGAUACAGCAAGUAUGCAUGUCCAAAAUUAUAUAGCCCUUUUUUUUGUUGUUGCUGUUUGUGUUGGACUGUUGGUAUUAUGUUACUGUUCAUUUUUCUAUUGCAGCAUCUAAAUGUGAUGCUUGAUUUUCUCAUAAAUGUUUUCUAAUAGCAGUAAUAGUUUAAUUUUCCGUUUUAUGGGAAAAACAUGAGUAGAAGCUUCAAGGGUUUUUGUGUAUUCUCUAGUUAGAUCUCAAAUGAUUUUUUCUUAAUUUAACAAUUAUGCGUGUUAUGUUCAUCCAUACUUGCACAAUGUGGCAUUAAGUGUUGAAUGUUUCUCAGCUUGUGUUCGGGGAAAAUGAGGCCUAUUUUCUGUGGAAAUUUUGAAUAUGAUGCACGGCAGUCAGAGCUGGAGCGGCUUUUCAGACGAUAUGGGAAGGUUGAUCGGGUGGAUAUGAAGUCUGGAUUUGCUUUUAUCUAUAUGGAAGAUGAGAGAGAUGCUGAGGCUGCAAUUCGUGCUCUUGAUCGGGCAGACUUUGGUCGGAAGGGGCGCAGGCUUCGUGUGGAAUGGACAAAGCAAGAACGUGGCAUUAGAAGGCCUGCUGGUUCAAGAAGAUCUUCAGCUAAUGGGAGGCCAUCCAAGACCUUAUUUGUAAUUAAUUUUGAUACAUACCAUACCAGAACAAGGGACUUGGAAAGGCACUUUGAGCCAUAUGGUAAGAUAGUCAGUGUGAGGAUCAGAAGGAAUUUUGCUUUUGUUCAGUAUGAAUCAGAGGAUGAUGCUAGCAGAGCACUUGAAGCUACUAAUAUGAGCAAGUUACUUGAUCGAGUUAUUUCAGUUGAAUUUGCUGUUAAAGAUGACGAUGAUAAGCGAAAUGGAUAUAGCCCUGAGAGAGGCCAUGAUCGUCAACGGUAUAGAAGCCGCGAUGGAAGGCGAUCACCCAGUCCUUACCGUAGAGAAAGGGGUAGUCCUGAUUAUGGCCAUGGUGCCAGUCCAUAUAAGAGGGAGAGGAGCAGCCCUGACUAUGGUCGUGGCCGUAGCCGUAGUGGAAGCCCGCAUCGGAGAGAGCGAGGUAGCCCUGCUUAUGGGGGUAGAAGCCUUAGUCCAUAUAGAAGAGAGGGGGAUGGUUCUGAUCGUGUUCGUGACUCCAGCCGCAGUCCUUAUCACAAAGAGCGAGGGAGAACUGACCGCGGCAUUGUUCCCUCCCAUAGUCCUCCUGAUGAAGGAGAGAGGACUAGCCCUCAAAAUGAUCGUGGUUCUAGCCGUAGUCCAUAUGAUAAUGUGAAGGCUAGCCCUGGAAACGGCCAUGACUCCAGACAUAGUCCUGAUGCAAAAGGGAAUUCUAGCCCUUACAAUGGUUAUGAAGGGAGCCCAAAUACUAUGCCUGAGCCGAGGGACAGUCCCAACUAUGGUGGUCCUGAAAGUCCCGUGCAUGAAAGAUACCGCAGCCAGUCACCCCCUGCAGAAGAAUGAUUGCAGUCUUUGAUGAAAAAAGGCAGAAGGGCCAACUAAUUGUAAUACGGGGUCGUGGCAGGACUAAAUUUAAUUUCAGCAAAUUACUAGUGGAGUAGUGAUAUAGCUCUGAAACUUAUGUUGUGAUAACUUAUCAGUCCUUUAUUAACUUACCAGUCCUUUAUUCAUUUAGAUAGUUUCAUGCUUCGUUGUCAGCUUAGUAUUGUAGAAUCUUUGUUUGCAGUCAAAUAGUGGUAUCAUAUAUCUUUGAUAAUUAUUGGCAUUAUGGUCUUA